GGAAACAGAGGAAAACAAAGGACUGCUCAGCUGCGGUAGUGUAUAAUUGGUUGAUUUCAGGAUUUGUUAGAUACUGUGUUGAACUAGCUAACUAUUGUUGUUAAGACGAAGCUUUUUUCCGUGCUAUAUAUGGUACAUUUCUGUUGUACUUAUGGAUUUGUAUGGAGACAUAUGUUGCCUAAUGCAGAUUGUUUGUCCCUCAUACAAAUCGGUCAUCUCUUUUUCUUUUGCACUUUUGAGUUCAGCUAUCCCUCGAGAUGGCAGAUAAGAACUUUCUGUUAUUCUUGUUCAUAACACUCUGUACGGUCAUUACAUGUGAUGGGAGUGUAUCCCUAUCUGCUCCAGCCACUGUAAAUCUGGAAGAGAAAAGUUCAGCCAAUAUCACCAUAACACCUAGCUCUCCUCAGAAUGUCUCAACACUCAUUAUUUUUAACUUCACCGACUCCUCUGCAAAUGUUACCUCAAUACUUCAACUGCCUCAACAGGUAGAGUUGCCUGCAAACGCCACAUCAAGCACUUUUGAGGUUCAUGCAGAACAUGUGGGUCAGGUGACAGCCUAUUUAUACAGCAACAACACUGGCAUUGCAAGCCAUAAGACCCGAAUCCGUUUCUUGGUUAUUAGAAGCAACACUGUUGAUAUCAUUAACCAAGUAAUUGGUUGGAUUUACUUCCUAGCAUGGUCUAUAUCAUUCUACCCUCAAAUAUAUGAGAACUGGAGAAGAAAAAGUGUGGUGGGGCUGAACUUUGAUUUUCUGGCACUCAACUUGACAGGAUUCAUUGCCUACAGUGUCUUCAAUGUAGGCCUCUUCUGGGUUCCGUACAUGAAGGAAGAGUUUUUGAAGAUAAAUCCAAAUGGUGUAAACCCAGUGGAUGCCAACGAUGUGUUCUUCAGUCUCCAUGCAGUUGUGCUGACUCUUGUAUAUGUCUCUCAGUGUGCCAUCUAUGAAAGAGGAGGGCAGAUGGUGUCCAAGAUUGCUAUUGGCCUUCUGGUGAUUGGUUGGACGUUUGCCCUGGUCACCCUCUUUGUUGCUGUGGCCAGUAAGAUCACCUGGCUGGAAUAUCUCUACUAUUUCUCUUACAUCAAGCUAGGUGUCACCCUCGUCAAAUACAUCCCACAGGUCUACAUGAACUACCAAAGACAAAGCACAGAGGGGUGGAGCAUUGGCAAUGUGUUGCUGGACUUCACAGGAGGCAGCUUCAGUCUCAUUCAGAUGUUCCUUCAGUCGUAUAACAACGAUGAAUGGAAGCUCAUCUUUGGGGACCCCACAAAGGCAGGACUUGGCUUGUUCUCCAUAUUCUUUGAUGUGGUGUUCAUCAUUCAGCAUUACUGUCUGUACAGACGUAAAACACAUUAUGAGCUUGUGGUUGACCAGGAAUAGGCUAAUUGUCUUUUACUGUUUACCUCUGCCAGUGAGUCCAAAUGAUUUACUGAAGGACUAAUAUAAGGGCUUUCUUCUAUGUAGUGUUCCCUGUCAUUGAAUGGGAAGCUAUUUAGACAUAGGGGGGCCAUACUUCCUCGUCUCCAAAAUGCGUCAGCCAAUUAAAAUAUUUGGUGUAGUUGCACGUGAUCAAACACUAUUGGUACUUUCAAGACAACUGGGAACUCUGUGGGUUGGGGGGAAUGAGGUUGAAUCAUGACAUCAGUGAUCAAUCUACAGGUCGGAAAGUCAAAGCUCUAGAAAGAGGCUAGAGUUCCCGACUUGGAAUUCCGAGUUGGAAGACUGCUCAAAGUAUAUUUUCCCAGUCGUAGAUAGCCCCCCCCCCAGUUCGCAGUUGUAUUGAAUGCUCGGAAGUGUCCGAUUUUCCAGGUUCCGGUUGUUUUGAACGCGGCAUUAAUGUUCCCUUCAGAUAACCUGUCAGAUUUAGGCUGCUUUCCAAACACUUAAAAGACUCAGCCCUCAAAUUAAGUGGACACUUCUGAAGUAUUAUUAUUUUUUUCUUUUGGAAAAGUUUUGACACAAUUCCUUUAAAAACAGCUCAUACAUUUUUUACAUCAUUUAUACACAUAAAAACGGCAACAAAGCAUAAAACACAGCAUUUGAAAGUUACAUUUAAAUUGCUAAAAAGUACAUGUUGUUAAAACCAAUGAAAACAACCAUGAAUAAAAGUACUUUCUUUGUAAAAACAUCAAAUCUGUAAAAGCCAUUUAAAAUGUGUACUAAUGAUCUAACAAAGGUAAAACAUUUUGAAGUAUUAUUAUGUCUGAUGAGUUGACACUUGCAGGGCAAGGGAAGAAUGAAUUAAUUUGAAAUGGACUGCUCUUGCCAGGAAAUGUGUCACUCGUUCAUCCCACGGUUGUGUUUUCAGUCAUCAUGGAACUGUUGCGUGUGCCUUUAUAUGCUCUACAGUCAAUUAUGAUUGCAUUUCAUAUCUUGGCUAGAAGACAACGCUUUCCGCAGACAUUGAAUGUUAGCCUUCCUACUAUAUCCAGAAAUUACAAUGUAUAAGUGUGAUGUCAGGGAAAGUUAUAUGCACAAGCAAACGUUUCCAAAAGCCAACCAAACAAAAACAUCAUGACUUUUAUGAUGUGUUUGAGCCGUCAUGUGCAUUAGUAGCACAACUUCUAACUUAUUUACAUUUGUUUCUACUUACACUUGUAUGUUGACUUCUCCAUAUACUGUUGGUUUUAAGUUUUGGCGGACUUUUUUUAGUGGAUGUACAAUCAUCGCAAAUUGAAUAUGGGGCUUUUCAAGCCCUGGAGUGAACAUAAUUGUAAACUCGAUCAAAAGCGAGGGCAGAAGGGCUUACGCUGCCAACUUCCCUUGCUUAGCUAAUCAUUUGGACCGACGACAAAGGAGGCUGCCGUGAUUCCCCCAAUUUAGAUAAAGGUUACAUUUAAAAAUAAUAAUUUAACGUGCAUAAGUGGUGGAGGGUGUUUAUUUUAUGGGUUGGAAAUGCAACCUUAGCCUUUUGCUAACUUGCAUAGCUGGCCCGUGAUCAUAUCUGGUUCAAAUGCUGUAUCGAUCAAAUACAAUCGUUGACGUAGUUGGACCUGAUCCAACACGUUUUGAUGAAAGUGUCCUUAACAAAAGUCCAACGACACGUUCUGAUAAUCAAAGCAACUAGAUCACGUGUGUUUGACUGACUGGUCAAACACACGUGCUAACUCCACGUAAUUGUUGCAGAUUGUGGCAAGGGUUUGAAUCUCAUGAGCUUAUUUCCCCCCUUUUGAAAUGCAGAAUUAUUUUUUGUGUCAGUGUGUUGAGAAGUGUAGCCAAAACCAUGUGAAUGAAGAUUACACAUACAGUUAAUGAGGAGCUUCUUGUUGGAGUCCCUUUUGCAGACCAACACAGGCUACUGGCACUGCUACAUAAAUAAUCGUCACUUCUAUAAACUAUAUUACAUAGAUGUUAGUGCUGUGCGAUUUUAACCGGCAUCGGUUCAAUUAUUUGAAUUCUAUUUCUUUCCGUUUUAUUUCUGUGAACUAGAUGUAACGUUUCUAUACAGAUAUAUUAGAUCAUGCAUUUCCAACAGUCCAAUAUUCUACAUAGUUUAGUGCAGAAAACGUGGUGAUUAAUUACAAUGAGAAUAAUCCAUUGCGUGCCAGUUUAAACUUGUCUGGUCUGUCCUGAGCAAGGCAAUGGGGUGCGUUCGUAAAUUCAUUUUUGCUAUCCACUGAUUUCAGAGCACUCUCGUUUGUGUGCCAGAGUGCAGAAUAACUGAUAUAAUUUACGAAUGCGCAACACCUGUUGAAAUUGAAAAGUGUCAGUAAAGGUUGGGGGGAAAAACGCAAAUAAAUUGUUGCUAGCAGCAGUUAGUCACUAAUGCUCUAGAUAACGUGACAACAGCCCAACUAGCUCUGCUAGGGCAAGUAAAAUGGUCAGAGUGAGGUGUUGUCUCAUUUGUGUGUGGAAGUAGCUAGCCAACUUUAGCCAGUUAGCUUUGGCACUUAACUGCCGUUGAGGUCAGAAUGCUCAAAUCGGCCCUACUCUUCGGCCAGAGGGUCCAGUGUCCGGCCUGAACGCUCAGAGAGUGAAACGCUCUGAAUUUACUUAAGUGAUAAUGCCAGAGAAGCCGGUGUUUUGAAGAUGUAUUGGCACAGGUGUUUCGUCUUGGGCCUGCAAACCGUGCCAUUAUAUCCUCCGAACUCCGGGUUCGAGGGCAUUAUCACUUUUAUACAACGGGUUACCAACAUAUUCGAGUAAUGAUUGACAUAUUUUCAUUAAUGUUAUUUUGAUAAAUGUAUUCAUAUUAUUUCAUCCUUCCGCAAGAUAUAGUCCAGACACAAAUCUAGGGUUGCUACCCAAGCCGGUUGGUCAUUUCUUCUGAGACACAGUCGUUCAAAAUUUUUUUUUUCCAGAAUCUAUGGACAUGACCCAGUCGUUCGUUCUAAAUGUGCCAUAACCAUACUGGCUGGAAAAAUUCGUAUCCCUUGCCUGCUCUAGCUAGCCAUAGUUGGCUAACUCACAGUCGCGUCAAACAGUGCUGCCAGAAUAACAACAGUAGCUGCAUUUGCUUUUGUUUAAGCUGUUUUCUAGUGAUGACAUGUAUUUGGACAUCCAUAACAAUGAGCUAAUGAGGUGUGAUUUCGCAUAGCAUAGAAAAUGUGCUCUCCCAUCAGGACAGUUGUUCAGAGGUUCAGAGCUUCAAUGCCAUACAACACUCCUUCCAUGGCCUCCAACUGCUCUUAAACGCUAGUAAAACCAAAUGCAUGCUUUUCAACCGUUCGCUGCCUGCACCCACAAGCCGACUAGCAUCACCACCCUGGGUGGUUCCGACCUAGAAUAUGUGGACAUCUAUAAGUACCUAGGUGUCUGGCUAGACUGUAAACUCUCCUUCCAGACUCAUAUCAAACAUCUCCAAUCUAAAAUCAAAUCUAGAGUCGGCUUUCUAUUCCGCAACAAAGCCUCCUUCACUCACGCCGCCAAACUUACCCUAGUAAAACUGACUAUCCUACCGAUCCUCGACUUCGGCGAUGUCAUCAAAAUAGCUUCCAAUACUCUACUCAGCAAACUGGUUGCAGUUUAUCACAGUGCCAUCCGUUUUGUUACUAAAGCACCUUAUACCACCCACCACUGCGACCUGUAUGCUCUAGUUGGCUGGCCCUCGCUACAUAUUCGUCGCCAGACCCACUGGCUCCAAGUCAUCUACAAGUCCAUGCUAGGUAAAGCUCCACCUUAUCUCAGUUCACUGGUCACGAUGGCAACACCCACCCGUAGCACGCGCUCCAGCAGGUGUAUCUCACUGAUCAUCCCUAAAGCCAACACCUCAUUUGGCCGCCUUUCCUUCCAGUUCUCUGCUGCCUGUGACUGGAACGAAUUGCAAAAAUCGCUGAAGUUGGAGACUUAUCUCCCUCACCAACUUCAAACAUCUGCAGCUGAUCGCUGCAGCUGUACAUAGUCCAUCGGUAAAUAGCCCACCCAAUUUACCUACCUCAUCCCCAUAUACUGUUUAUAUUUAUUUACUUUCUGCUCUUUUGCACACCAGUAUCUCUACCUGCACAUGACCAUCUGACCAUUUAUCACUCCAGUGUUAAUCUGCAAAAUUGUAAUUAUUUGCCUACCUCCUCAUUCCUUUUGCACACAAUGCAUAUAGACUUUUUUUUCUUUCUACUGUGUUAUUGACUUGUUUAUUGUUUACUCCAUGUGUAACUCUGUGUUGUUGUCUGUUCACACUGCUAUGCUUUAUCUUGGCCAGGUCGCAGUUGUAAAUGAGAACUUGUUCUCAACUAGCCUACCUGGUUAAAUAAAGGUGAAAUAAAAAAAAUAAAGAGGAGCUAGCCAACCACACAGCUAACACAAUCACUUCAAACUGAAGCUGGAAAGACUGCAAAGUGGCUGCAGUUCGUUUCAUUUGACCUUUUUCAAAUGGAUAUUGCUUUGUAUAUAUCCAUAAAAAUGAUGCUAGCUGAUUCAGGAUUUCGACUGAAUGAGAAACACUACCUGCCUGUCUGUCACGUCCCGACAUCUCCGCUGUUGAUAACUAAAUGUUAGUCUAAAAAAAAGAGAUAUUGCCUAGAUUAUUUUUAUAGUGGAGAUAAAGUUUAUAAAUUGCCUGGCUGGGCUGAUGAGAGUGGAUUGCGCAGCCAGAUGGAACAGGGUAAAUAGGCAUUUAAAUGUCAUAUAUUUCGCUGGUGGCAACUUGCGGAAUAGACACCGACUGGAAUGCGGUUUUAACCAAUCAGCAUUCAGGAUUAGACCUGCCCGUUGUAUAAUAAAAGACAACCUGACAACGCUCUGAAUUUACGAACGACCCAGAGCUCACUCUGACACUGGAGGCAAUUUAAGAACACAUACAUGGAGAGAAGUGAGAACGUGCAAUCCAGAGGGAUAGAAAGCAGUUGCUUCGCCAGCCUGAAAUGUGAUUUAUAGUUGGUAUUCAGCAGUCAUAAAAGUACACCGUAUUUACUUUGAAGAACUACUGAGAUAGUGAUUUUGUCAGACACCAUAGACGGUAGCUCUUUGAGGUGUCUUUGAAUUAAAUAAUAGUUAUCAAAUAAAACACAUUUGAUGAAAGUAAUGUUAAGUGAUGGGCAGUCACUACCACCAUGGGACUUGUAUUAAUUGUUUUAUUCUGUUACAGAAUUCAACCCACAUAAUGCAUUUAAUGUAUACAAAAACAAUAUGGAAACGCAAGUCGAAAAAGUGAUUAUUUUUCCAGAAUCAAACCCGAAACCGAACCGACCUAAAAACACUAAUCCCUCAGCACUAAUAUAUGUGUAGGCUACACACAACGUUUUAUAUGCAUUAUUAUAAUAAUCCACUUUGUCACAAAUGCAUUAUUUGAGUCUAGCAUUGAGGACCAGCAAUUAACAGUGUUUUUCUUAACAAAAAUGCAUGAUGCAAUGUGAGCUUGAACUCAUGGUUUAUGAGCACUGUCAUUUUAUUGUCAACAGUGUGUGCCACCAGGACCGAAUAAUGACGGGACAUGACAGCUAUUUGACAAGUCCAUAAGGCUCUUCAACUUUUUAAACAAUAUGAUACACUUUAAAUAUUGUAUAGACCUCUUAUCUUCCUGUAAAAGCACAUUGAUGUGUGUGGAACGGAUGUGCGAAAACUUGGGGUUUUGUCAUAUGUGAAAACGUGCCCUUUGCAAUCAUGCAAAAUUGGGGCACUAUACUUGAAACAUACCAAGCAGAAUUUGUAGGUUUAAAAUAUCCUUCCUUGUGGCCAUUUUUACCUAUUUUAAGAAAUGCCAUUGGUUAGUAACGUUGAUACAGGAAAUAAUCACUGCCACCUGCUCAGGUUAGCACAGGGCUAAAUGUGUCAGGCUAUGUAAUGGGAACAGCUAACGUGUGGCGUUUGAUCACGUGAAACUACAUCAACGAUUUUAAUUCGCCAAUGCACAUUUUGAGAAACUUACUUUUUAAGCAAAGGCCCGUUUUUAAACUUUUUCUGUAUGCCUCCAGGGCCUUUGCUUAAACAACUUUCAAAUGAUUGUAGGAUAAUAGGGAUUUCAUUGUGUUCCAUAAAUUGUGAGUAAAUUAUGGUUUAAUACCACUAAGGGAGGAACUGUUUUUUUAUAAUUUUUUUUACUGACUAGCAUCGGCCUUGAACUUGUCAAUCUGUCAAAGCAAUGGCUCACUUUUUGCAAUACAAUACGACUGUUUUUAGUUUUAUUUAAUUAAAAACAAAAUCUAUAUUUGAAAGAUAAUUGCUAUUUUGAAUAGACAGAUAACAUGAUGCUUUAUUGUCAAAUUAAUAAAAUAUUUUCAACUCAA